AUGACGUUGUUAUUUUUGAGGCAAUUGAACCUCAGAAAGAAUAAAUAUGAUCAUGGAGGCGAUCGGUGGCGUGAAAAAGAUCCUGUCAUCCGCAGGAUUCGAACCUGCGCCCUCCGAAGAGGACUGCGACCUGAACGCAGCGCCUUAGACCACUCGGCCAGAAUGACGACGUUGUUUUGGGAGUGCUUGAACCUCAGAAGGAUUAAAUAUGAUCACGGAGGCGAUCGGUGGCGUGAAAAAGAUCCUGUCAUCCGCAGGAUUCGAACCUGCGCCCUCCGAAGAGGACUGCGACCUGAACGCAGCGCCUUAGACCACUCGGCCAGAAUGACGACGUUAUUUUGGGAGUGUUUGAACCUCAGAAGGAUUAAAUAUGACCAUGGAGGCGAUCGGUGGCGUGAAAAAGAUCCUGUCAUCCGCAGGAUUCGAACCUGCGCCCUCCGAAGAGGACUGCGACCUGAACGCAGCGCCUUAGACCACUCGGCCAGAAUGACGUUGUUAUCUUUGAGGCAAUUGAACCUCAGAAGGAUUAAAUAUGAUCAUGGAGGCGAUCGGUGGCGUGAAAAAGAUCCUGUCAUCCGCAGGAUUCGAACCUGCGCCCUCCGAAGAGGACUGCGACCUGAACGCAGCGCCUUAGACCACUCGGCCAGAAUGACGUUGUUAUUUUUGAGGCAAUUGAACCUCAGAUGGAAUAAAUAUGAUCAUGGAGGCGAUCGGUGGCGUGAAAAAGAUCCUGUCAUCCGCAGGAUUCGAACCUGCGCCCUCCGAAGAGGACUGCGACCUGAACGCAGCGCCUUAGACCACUCGGCCAGAAUGACGACGUUGUUUUGCGAGUGCUUGAACCUCAGAAGGAUUAAAUAUGAUCAUGGAGGCGAUCGGUGGCGUGAAAAAGAUCCUGUCAUCCGCAGGAUUCGAACCUGCGCCCUCCGAAGAGGACUGCGACCUGAACGCAGCGCCUUAGACCACUCGGCCAGAAUGACGUUGUUAGUUUUGAAGGCAAUUGAACCUCAGAAGGAUUAA